AUGUACGAAAUUCAGGUGCCGGAACCGCAUUAUCCUGGCAUCGAAGCGGAACGGUACAAGCAGGUGAUGGCCCAGGUUGAGCUGGCCGAUGACGUGGGGUUCGACUACUUCUGGACGGUAGAGCAUCAUUUCCUGCGGGAGUUCUCCCACUGUUCCGCUCCGGAAGUGCUGUACGGCGCCAUCUCCCAGCGCACCAAGCGCAUCCGCAUCGGCCAUGCCGUGGCCCUGCUGCCGGGAGCCUACAACCAUCCAGUACGCGUUGCCGAGCGCGCCGCCGUCCUCGACAUCGUCAGCGACGGGCGGAUGGAUCUGGGCACUGGUCGCUCCACCACCCUCAUCGAGAUGGACGGCUUCGAGGUUGACCCCGAAACCACCAAGGCCCAAUGGCGCGAGGCCAUCGGCAUGAUUCCCCGGAUGUGGACGGAAGACCCCUUCUCCCACGCCGGCGAGUUUUACAACGUCCCGCCGCGCUCGGUCAUCCCCAGCCAGUGCAGGACCCCCAUCCGCCCUAUGUGGAUGGCGUGCAGCCAGCCCACAUCCUUCGGGGAGGCGGGCGAUCUGGGAAUCGGGGUGCUGUGCUUCAACUGGGCGGGCACGAGCAACUGUUGA